AUGCCGUACAUCGACUACGAUGCUCUAGAGUCCGCCAACAAAUCGUUAGCUGUGGGAUUCAUUGGCAUUUUCUUUGCCAACAGCGUCCUCAUUCGUAAGAUAUUCAAAAAAGGAGGAUGUUUAUACACUCCAAAAAGCCUCACUAUGAUAUCCCUGGCCAUUGGUGACAUAUUUUUGGCUUUAUUCUCCUUAUUGGUGUAUGCAAGAAUUAUUUUUGACGACUUCAAUCCAUCUUGCGCCACUUAUCGAGCGUCUGUUGUGUACAUGUAUUUUCUAAUUCAUUUUGUAUUCGGCUGUGGAUUGAUAGUACUAACGGCUGAGCUAGUGUACAGGUACAGAACACAGUCUCCAGUAGGACGAACACCAAAAAAUAUCACCAAGUCGAUCUUCUGCAGUGCUUGCCCAUGGAUUUUGGGAGUCGUGGUGGUUCUUCCGAUUACAAUGGCUCCGUGUUCUGAGAAUCUUACCAUGGGAAGACAACGGACCAUGUAUGGUGUAUCCGUAGUAUUCCCCGCUGUCGUGUCUUUUGUCGUUGCUGUCGCUGCUAUGUGUAUAACAAUACCUACCGAGUAUUACUUCAGCCAUAGUGUGAAUCGUCCUAGCACUGAACAAACAGCCUUAUCAAACGGAAGCAACACGAAUGGAAUAGCCAUACAAUACAGUGCGACAGAGAGUCGUCAGAACCAGCCCAGAAUUGUAGUAGAAAAAUUCCCGUCGCCUGAUGCGAGUAAUGUAGAUGGAUCACAAUUAAACCCCAGUCAAGAUGUUUCAGGAAUUUCUGCAUUGCCUUCAGCGCCAAGUAAUGACUCUAAUCAUGAAGGCCAAGGUUUCUCUGUUCCACAGUAUCAAGUACCACAGUACCCUAUUCAACAGCAGUACCCACCAGCACAGUACCCGAUGCAACAGCAGUACCCACCAGCACAGUACCCUGUUCAACAGCAGUACCAACCCGCACAGUACCCUGUUCAACAGCAGUACCCACAGCAACAGUACCCUAUUCAACAGCAGUACCCACAGCAACAGUAUCCAGUGCAAUACACAGCCCAGUCUAAUGUCGUCGUUGGUGCUCCAGCCAACCCCAUUCAAUAUGGCUCGGUUUUCCCUAAUCCAAUCAAAGAAAGAAGAUUACUUUUCUUAUCCACUAUCAUUUAUUGUAUAUGCGUUCUACCUUAUGCCGUAUACACAAUUGGAACCCUGGUCGAUGAUUACACAACUACAUCCACUGAUAUCAUUCUGAACACAACAUUCUUUUGGUUGUCCAUUUUUAGGUCAUUCCUAACGCCUUGCAUUUUUUCGGAUAGUCCCAACCACGUAUAG